CCUCACGCCAGUCGAGUCGAGUGAAGAUGCACCUCCAUGGUCAUGUGUGCUCACAACGACCAGUGACCUUCCACCAUUCUGACCUCGCUCUCGUUGCGUCUGACCCUGCUCCUGGAUUAAGCCCGCACGAUACUACACUAUUGCGACGAAUUUGUGCUUUGGAGUAGGUAGUUAGUCGCAAUGUGGAGUCCCGAGGCGGAUUCGGCGGCGUCGCCGCCGGAGCCGGAGGAGUGGGUGGACUCGCCGGGGCCGGGCAGCGAGGUUUCGCGCAGCCACUGGAUGCCGGAGGAGGCGUUCAAACGCUGCACCAACCCCGCGUGCGCCAAGGACUUCUCGCACCGCCGCCGCAAGCACCACUGCCGGUGCUGCGGCAACGUGUACUGCAGCAAGUGCACGAGCUACGUGCUGCCGCUCAACCCCCACAGUGCCAUGAUUGAGUCAGGAGGGGUGAAGGCGAAGGUCUGCGAGCUGUGCUACGAGACGGCACUGAACGAGGGGUUUGCAGGGAGCCCUGGCAGCAUGGGCGAGGGCGAGGGCGAGGCGGGCAGCAGCAUGGAUGGCGCGGACGAGUUUGGCGCCGCGGACUCACAGGCGUCCACGCCUGCUGCUCACAGCGCACCCCAUGCAGCCGCUGCUAAGCCGAGUGGAUUGGCGUCGCAUGCAGCGCGAGCAGCCUCGCCCGACUCCAUCCUCGCCUCCUCCCCCUCUGCUGCUGCACACACUGCCGCCACAUCCGCCUCCCACUUCCCCUCCUCCCCCACCGCCUCUGUCCCGCGCCCCUCCAGCGCAGGCCCCUCUACUCUCCCCCCCCCCGCGUCCCUGGAGGAGGACAUCUUCGUCACGCGCCCUCGCCUGCGCGCGCAAGCCCUGCUGCUCGACCCGCUCGACCACCGCCCGCACUCCAGCGGAGGGCGCAUGCCCUCCUUCACGCCUGCCUUCCCGCGCUUCAACUCCAUGGCUGGCACGGGGGGCAGCGGCAGCGGUGGUGGCAGUGGGAGUGUGGGUGGGAGCAUCAGUAUCGGUGGCACGGGAGGCAGGCUGCACGGCAGUGGCGGCAGCGGUGACUUGUUCCCUCGCAGCUCCACUGUUUCUGCCUCGCAUGGUGAGCGAGCCGGCAGGAGUGGGCUCGGCAUGGCAGGAGCAAGUGCCGACAGCAGCAGCGGCUAUUCUUCGUUCGCUGCUGGUGUGAGGAGCAGCAGCAGCAGCGCCGUGAGCACGAGCAUGGGCGACAGCAGCAGGGCAGCGGGCGAUCGAGUGCGCGUGCUGCAGCGGUACCGCCACCUGUCGGUUUCUCUGGACGAGGAGAGGAGCAGCGGCAGGGGGAAAGCCGCGUCUGCAGGUGCGUGGGCAGCGGCAGACAGAGCAGCAGCAGCGGGGCCACAGCACCUGGACCUGGCAGGGGGCGCAGGGGGCAUGGGGGGGGCGGGGGGAGCGGGAGGUGGAGGGGGUAGAAUGCCCCUGGGACUGCCUCCUAGGGCGGACGCGAGACAAAAGCAGCAGCAGCAGCAGCAGCAGCAGGGGGAUGGCGUGGGGAGCAGCAGGGGGGGCAGCGGGGGCAGCAUGAGGGGGGGCACCGCCGGCCCCGGCAACAAGAUAGGGUUGUCUUUGGACCUGCUGGUUAAGAUGAACUUCACCUCUCAGCCGUCCCCCUCCCACCCCUCCCCCUCUCAGCCUUCCUCCUCUCAGCCCUCCCCCUCUCUUCCAUCCGACCUCCCCUGGAAACGACCUUCCCCACUCCACUCCCCUGCCUCUGCGCUUAUGUCCCCCCAGCCCUUCUCCCCCUCCCCCUGGAUGCAGCCUGGGCGCGCCAGGGGGGGCAGGGGGAGCGCGGAUGUGCUGGUGAUUGCGGACAGGGGGGCGGAGGGGGAGGGGGAGGCGGAAGCCGAGUGGGACUUGGAUGGUGGGGGCAUGGCGGGGGGAGGGAAGCCAGCUAUGGAGGUCAGAAGGCGAGUGGGGAUACGGGGAGAGGAGGCUGGCGGGGCGAGCGUGGAGGAUCAAGAGAGGGAGGGGCGGGAGAGGGAGGAGCGGGAGAGGGCGGAGGGGGAGCAGAGGAGGCGGGACGAGCUGUACGAGCAGCUGGGGGCGGCGCUGACACUGGAGUCACCGUCAGCGCAUGUGAAGGGCGGGGCCAAGAGCGUGCAGCUGCACGACCUGCUGGCCGCGUGGGAGAAGGGGGAGAGUGUGCUGGACGCCCCCACCACUGUCUCGCCUCUGCCGGCCGUCUCGCCCCUGCCCCCCUCCGCCUCCCCUCUCACCCUGCUCGCCUCCAUCUCGCACCGCAUGGGGCUCACCCCCACCCCCGCCCCCGCUGCCCCGGCCAUAAAAGAAGCGGAGGCAACCGAAGGGGGGGCAGCAGCGCAGAAACCAGGCAAGGCAGAGGGCGCAGGGCGCGAGGGGACGUCAGCGGAGGCAAUCCAGCGGUUGCUGUGGACAGAGGGCGAGCCGCGAGCCGUGCCUGCCACUGCUGCUGCUGCUGCUGCUGCAGCGUGGCCCGCGGAGGCGUCCCCUGAGAGCGCAGGGCAGGGGCUGGAGGAGGUGAAGCGGCGCCUGGCGGACUCCAUGGGCGCUGCUGCUGCUCACCGCGCCGAGGGGCCCGCUGCUGGAGAUGGGGCAGCCGCACACACAGCAGCCUCUCCCUCGGCACCUGGUGCCGAACCAGGGGCCCAGGCACAAGGCUCGAAGGCACCUGGGGCCGAACCAGGGGCCAAGGCACAAGGCUCGAAGGCACCUGACGCCAGGGCAGCGCCCGACGCAGCAGGCGGAGCGCCGUCGUCCUCCCCUGCCAAGCCGCCCUCGUCCCUGCUGCAGUGGUCGUCCAGCGACGUGCUGCACUGGCUGCAGUCCUCCGUGCCCUUCCGCUCCAACAAGGCCAAGGACUAUGCGGGCGAUUUUGAGAAGGCGGGCGUGGAGGGGCUCUCGCUGGUGUCCAUGACACGUGGCCACCCCGCAUUGGCCAACAUGCGCCCGGCUGACCUGGUGGCGUUCGAGUUGGCGAGUCAGGUGGAGCGCAGGCGGGUGGUGGCAGCAGAGGCAGCGGGGCAGGCCGCAGCAGCGCUCAUGCCACGCCCGGCCACGGCAGUGGGGGUGCCGGGUGUGGAUGCACAGCGGCUGAAGCAGCAGCAGCCGGGGCAGCAGCAGCAGCAGGCAGGGCAGCCCAAGUUCGUGCCGCCCCGGCAGUUCCGCGCACUGCACCUGGACGGCUUCUCCACUGCCAGCUCGCGCACCACCACCCCCUCUGACACUCCUCAAUCCACGGCAUCUCGCCUGCCCCCUGCCCGCCCCGCCACUGCUGCUGCUGGCAGCGCUGGUGGCGGCAGCGGGGGGGGCCUGGCGAAGGGCACAGAUAGCAGCAGCAGUGGUGGUGGGUGGCUGUUUGGGUGGAGCAGCGGGGCAGCUAAGAAAGACAGCCCUGCUGCUGCUGAGGGAGGGGAGGCAGUCUCGGUGCGUGACGAGGCAGCAGCAGCGGAGGAGAGGGAGGAGACUGCCAAGGCCAAGCUGACUCGUCUGGACGACAUGCUCAAGCGGUCGCUGCUGGUGGAGUACAUGCACACCAGGCAGCGGUGGGCGCCCAUGGGCGGCGAGGUGGCCAUCCCAGUGGACGACCCCGAGGCGGAGGACGAGUGGCUGCCGCGCUUCGUGGCGCUCUCCAACAACGAGGUCUCCUGCUACCGCCAGGCUUCAGAUCUGGAGCCCGAGGUGAGCAUCCCCCUGGACAGCGUGGCGGCAGCAGGGUCGCUGGAGGCGGGCAUGGAGGCGGGCGAGGAGGCGGAGGACUGGCUUGUGUUCCACCUCACCACUGGCUAUGGGCUCCGGCUCGAGUGCGCCACUCGCAGCCGAGUCAAGCUGCAGCUAUGGCUUGCUACAAUUCACGAGGCAGUCGAGAAUGUCGCCAUGAGGAAACGAAGGGGGAGACCGAGAUCUGCCUCUGGAGCCCGCUGAAGCAGACUCUUGAGGUUGACGUGGGCUUAGGGCCUUGUUUAAAGCGUACACCAUAGAGAUAACACAUUAGGCAUCUGUCUUGUAUAGUUGUGUGUUGGUGUAGUCUUGGUAACCAACCGCGUACAACAGUCGCACCAACCGAAGUUCUCGAUGUUUCGUUCGCGUGAGUUUCCGUCGCUCGGAAUCUUCUUCGCAAUCACUCCCGCUGCACACUCGACCCCCCGCCGUCAGUGCAGCUGGCGUGUGGCAGGCGACGAUUGGAGCGUCGCUGUCACAGAGACAAACCACGCUCAUCCUCAGCAGCAUAAGGCACACAACCUACUGUCCUUGGCGAUUAACAGACUAAUCCGUUAGACACUGUUUUAGUUACCUUGAUCCUGUUUGUAAUUGCCUGGCACGUCCUAUCUUUAAUAAUUCGGCUGUCAGCCUUGGUCCUCCCGUAGCGCUCCUGUACCCCGUAUCUGUCGUCAUCCCUCUGUUGCCUCGUCGGAUCAAAUGUCGUUUGGGAGCAGCAGCGGUGGGACCGAGGCGUUCCCCAAUCUCGGUCGCCAUUGUUCCGUGUCUUCCUGCCAGCUGCUCGACUUUCUUCCCUUCAAAUGCGAUGCGUGCCAUCAGCCCUUUUGUCUCGACCACCGGUCAUACGCGGCGCACGCGUGUUCCGACGUCCAUUUGAAGGACGUCACAGUCGCGGUCUGCCCCAAAUGCUCCUCCAGCUUUAGGAUGGCGCGCUUCGAGGAUGCCGAGAGAGCCCUCGCGCGCCACGUGGGCGGCAGCGACUGCAAGGCGGCCUCGGCGCAGCGGAGGACCAAGUGCCCCGUGCGGGGCUGCCGGCAACGACUGACAGCGUCCAAUCGCGCCAAGUGCAGGUCUUGCGCGGAGGACCACUGUUUGCAGCACCGCCUCGCCUCCGACCAUCACUGCGCACCCCGCGCCUUCUCCUCCGCCGCAAGGCCCGCACGCGCGGAGGGCCGGGGGGCGGGGUUGCGGUUUCUGGAGGGCCUGGCAAAGCGCACCGGCGGAGAGUGUGCGCAAAGCAGCUCGUCUGGUUCAUCCUCGGAUAGCGUGAAUGCAGGGGUGGACAUUUCAAGGGGGGUGAAGGCUCGAUGACAACACUGACAUCAUUGUUAGGCUCAUUAGUAAAUAUAUGUCUACAACACAAGAUUAUCCCACCGCAUAACUCACUAAGAGGUAUUACUGUCCAUCUUACCUAGUCUAUAAUGUGUCUUGCUAGUACUGAUGUGAUGUCUGUGAUUUGGUUCACCUCGCAAUGUAAAAC